AUCACAGAAUAAUUUCCAUCCAAAAUCACAUCUGCAAACACUCCUAUGUUUCAGGGCGGCCUCAACAUGGAAAUUGCUUCAGCCAAAUGGUUAUCUGAACUGGAAAUGGAGGAUCCCACGUUUUUCCCACAAUAUCCAACGAUGAACCCUAUUGACUUUUCGUUUGAUGAUUUCAAUUUCGAAUCUUUUUCUCCCGAGAGCUACACAUCCUACACAAACAUCGACCACUCCCAUGGUUUGCAUAUUGAAGCUUCUCAUAACGUCGGUGGCGACGACUUUAGAAGGCCAAUGAAACAACUCAAGACCACCAGCAGCACUUGGAAGUCUUCUUGCAUCACUGAUAACAUCCCACCUAAGGCUGCUUCUUCCUCUUCUUCCCAUAUAAUCUCUUUUGACAACUCGAAUUCGUCACCGCCGGAUAUAUCUCAGCAAUAUUGUGGUCUAGACCGUGAUUUGAAACGGAAAAAUGAGGUGGGUUCUGAUGGAAAUUACAAGGGAACUUUUCCAUCUUUGAUUUCUCAAGUUGCCUACGAGGACCAAUAUUGUUCACCUAAAUUUGAGCAGGUUUCAAAGAGGGUUGGUUCAUCGACUAGGGCUCCACUCUAUGCUCAAGAUCAUGUAAUUGCUGAAAGAAAACGUCGUGAAAAGCUCAGCCAAAGGUUCAUCUCUCUUUCAGCACUUAUUCCUGGCCUGAAAAAGAAUGACAAGGCUUCUGUUCUUGGGGACGCUAUCAAAUACUUGAAGCAACUUCAGGAGCGAGUGGGUACGCUUGAGAACCAAGUGGCUACGAAAACAAUGGAAUCGGUGAUCAUUGUAAGGAAAACCCAAAUUUAUUCAGAUGAUGAAACAUCGUCGUGUGGUGAGAACUUUGAAAGCCAAUCUAACAAUCCAUUCCCCGAGAUCGAAGCAAGAGUUUCGGAAAAAGAUGUGCUCAUUAGAAUCCACGGCGAGAAAAACAAAGGGUGCAUACCAAAUAUCAUAAACGAAGUCGAAAAGCUUCAUCUCUGUGUGCUUAAUACUAACGUCUUGCCCUUUGGGCAAGCUACCCUUGACAUAACCAUUGUUGCUCAGAUGGAAGCUGAUUUUUCAAUGACAGUGAAGGAUCUUGUGAAAAGUCUGCGACUGGCUUUGCUCAACUUUAUGUGAUGAAACACUUUCAACAAUAAAAUUACUAGGAAUAAUUGUUAAUUCUCUAUAGAGGUUUUUUUUUUUCUUUUUUUUUUUUAUCAGUGAUGAUUUUCUAUAUAGUUUGUUAGUGUUCUUUUUUCCCUAGUUAUUCCUUGAGAGCGAAACAACAGCCUGUAAACAAUUCUCUCAAAUAACAGUGACCACCAGCCAUUAGAUGCAGCUAGGAGGAUGAACCAAUUUUGCAGCAAAUUAAGAAGUGUUUUUGUUUUUUUGCGUGGUCUCGUCUUGUUGGCCACGUUUAAUUCCCUCCC